UAACAGUGUGUUUGUCCAAAACUGAGUCGAGUCUCUCAUCAGCACUCAUUCAAUUUAUUGAUGAUUUUUCUCAAUCAGAUUUAACUGAUGAGCAGUUGAUUAAAAUUUUAAGUCAAACGCUCGAAAAAGUAUUAACGGCUGAUAACAGGACUAAAGAGAGUUUAUAUGUAGUCAUCGCUACUAUUCUGAAGAUAUUUACAGCAAAAAACAAUGAUAAGAAACUGAUGGACACCGUGUUGACGGAGUUUAUAGAAAGCAAUCUCUGCAACAGAUCACUAGUGAAGCGACUUUUCGAAAUAAUGAAGUUUGUGAGCAAAUGCUGCCCUCAACUGUUCCACGACAUCGUCGGUCAACUCAAUCGAACCAUUCAAUCGGUCGAAACCAAGAGGAACACUGGAACCGAUUUCAUACUCAGUCUAUGGUUUAAUAUCUACAACCGUGACCUGUUGGUGAUAGAGAGGGAAGGGAAUGACUUUCAUAGCGAUGGCCCAAAUAGCCAUCGAGGGGUAGGUCUGGUUAAUGAGAUGCAGAUAAAUGCCUUCAACUCUGCCAUUGCUGUUGACAUUUAUGGCACAACUUUUGUCCAGAAAUGA